UGCUUACCAUCUCAAGGCAAUACAGAUUUUUCAGUGUAUUUUAUGGCAACACAGAGCUUUUGCUAUCCCUUUGGAAUCAGUCGGUACACCCCUUAUUGGAGCGUCAAGCAGUUUUCAGAUGAAAAUUCUUUCUAGCUAGUUCAUGGGAGUUCCAGAACAUUAGAGAAUGAACAUGGUGUCAGACAGAGUCAGUGUCAGUGCUCAACGGUAUCAGUUUUCGUUUGCCCUUGCAAUAGUGUAAAUGUGGUCCUGUUGAUUCUAUUAUGUUGUAUUCAAAUCGUUAACAGAAGAGAAUCUGUUUAGUGCUAGAAGAUGUUCUAAACCUCAUCCUAAUCGUUGAUAUUCGAAGAUUUUAAUAGUACAAAAACUAUCAGAAUGUCUGACAACAAUAGCAACGAUGUCGACGAGGAGGAUUCAAAGCCACUCACGGCACCGGAUUCGCCAAAAAAGCCUGUCAAAUCAACUGCGGUUGUCAAAUAUUCUGCAGUUAUCCCAGCUACAUAUGCACGACUACAAUGUAAUACGGAUUUAAAUUUACCACCCAGUAACUGGCUGAGUAGCUCAGCCCAAACUUAUGGCCUACAGAGUGUUUGGUCCCACAGUUCAGGCUUCUCUAGCUUUCGUAUGGCUCACAUGUUUCCGGAUUGUGUAGGAGAAGUAGAUGUUGUCUCAGAUGCGGAAAAUAUAAAAAAAUUACUAAAACUGCCUUAUAGUCAAGGACUAGUAUCUAUGAUGGUUCACAGGGUCGAGAAUACUCUGCUGAUAGACGAUUUUGAUAUUCAUAAAUACUUACUUAGACAAGCAGAAAGUGACUGGGAAUGGCUACAGAAAUUUUUGUAUGAUCAUGUGUUCCGGAAUGUGGAAAACAAGGGAAAGAGAUUGUUCCAUAAAACUAACAGCCGAAAUACUUUGCAGCAGAAAAAUCUUGUCUCAAAGUUUCUCUAUCAUUCUUUGGUUGUUGCUGAUAAUAAUACAAAGCAAAACAAGAUACCUGAGCUACCUGUUACCCCAUUAGAACCUCAGUUGCCUGAGCCAACUCACGAAGAAAAAUUACCAGAUCCAAGUUACAGUCAUAGUUUUGCUAGAAACGUUGUCUGGACUUUUGAAAACAUCCAGAUGCUAAUUGGGACAGAUAUGCCGAUAUUUGGUGGCCAAACCCAUCCAUGUAUCAGCUUGAGAUUAAGAGAUAUGACAAAACCAAUCAAUGUAUUAACUGGUAUCGAUUAUUGGCUUGAUAAUUUGAUGUGUAAUGUCCCAGAAGUAGUGAUGUGUUACCAUCUUGAUGGAAUUGUGCAAAAGUAUGAGCUCAUCAAAACUGAGGAUUUGCCUAAUUUAGAUAACUCAAAGUUCAGCCCAAAAGUUAUCAGAGAUGUAGCUCAAAAUAUACUAAGCUUUUUGAAAAGUAAUGCAACUAAGGCUGGGCACACCUACUGGUUGUUUAAAGGCAAGGAUGAUGAUGUGGUCAAGUUGUAUGAUUUAACUUCACUUUGUACUGAUUUUUCGGAUGAGAAGGGUCAGAAUCCGUUCACAGUCCCAGUUGCAAUGCUGUUGUAUCGCGUAGCUAGGAACAUGAAAUAUUCUUCUGACUAUCGCAGACAGCAGGGUACAAUUCGGAUGCUACUAAAGAAUUGUGUUCAGCUAUUAUCAAAGAAAAAAUAUCCUCAAAUAGUCACAUCUGCUCAUUAUAUGCUUUCGGAUUUGUACAUACCUGCUGAUACUGAUCCUGCCAGCCCUGGGCUGGUAGAUCAAAGCGAAGAAGAAGAUGCUCAGAGUGAAUGUAGCAGUGGUCGAGAGGCUGAGAACAACUUGGACAACUUUGAUGAAGAAGUUAGCGUGGCUAUCAAAUCCCUAAGUCUAGCUCCCUUGAAAGAGCAGCGAGAAAAUGAUGAACUUAAAUAUAAACCUCCUCCACUGUGCGGUACAGUCGAGGAAAGAUGUCGUGCGGCAUUGGAACACGUCGCUAAUGGCCUGGAGUGUUUGAUAUAUUUUCCUACCGAGGAUUGUCCAGAAAGUGACCCUAACAAGAAAGAAGACCUUCUCAAAACAGAUGAAAGACAGUUUGAAGAGGCUAAUCCUCCGAUGGCCAAACCUUUCCAAGCUAUCCCCAUGCCGUACGCAUCUCUGAAUCAGAGUUCAAAUGAGAUUGUAGAAAAUGUGGAUGUGGGUCAAAAAAAAAAAGGAAAGUCGAAGAAGAAUAAAAAAACGGACGUAAAUUCAGCCAAAUCGCUCGACCAAGACUCUACGCCUAAAGCCUUGUUGUGUAAAUCUAAAGCAGAAACGUUACCCACUUGGCAAGCUCCAAAAAAAAAUGACAAUCUUAGCUGGAAUGCUCAUCUGAAAACUUUGCUGUAUGAGAAAGCUUCACUAAUUUUUGCGGUACUGGCAGAAAACGAAUAUACCGCAAACAACUACGGGGCAUCGCUUAGAUAUAUCUUAGCCGUUCUGAGAUGUCAAGAAAUUCUGGAGACCUUCUGUCACGUAAAGAAUGACAAACUUAUUAGUUAUCUGCUUGGAAGAGCUGGAGAUAGUUGUUUCAUGACUGUUCAAGACUGGAAUAAUAUUGAUAAACAUAAACGGGAAUACAAUCUGAAGAACGAUAUUGAUGGAAAAAUUCUUGAUGAAAUAUACAUUACCAAAUAUCUGGACUCUAGUGGUAAUCGUCUGUUGCCUCAGAGUUUGGAUAAUCUGGAAGAAACACUCGAAGCAUCUUAUAAGUGCUAUGAAAGAGCUCUGUCCUUGGAACCCCUUGAAAUUGACAAAAAUAAUUUAUUACGAAGAUUAGGAAAUAUUCAUAAUGAGUUGGGUGUUCUCUACAUGAAUCAGGCUGCCUGCUACCAGAGCGACGAAUCCGAAGAAAGUUCUAACGCUGAUGUAACGAAGCUUCUUACUCGAUCCUCGACACACUUGGAGGCAGGUGUCAAAGCCUUUGAAACCGUUCAUGACGAGGCGAACUUAGCCCUUUUACAUUCAAAUUCCGGGCGACUCAUGCGCCUCUGUGCUCACAUACAUAUGAAGCAACAAUCGCAGGAAAGACACUUUUACAACAAAGCACUAAUCAGUUAUCAGAAGGCUCUACAAGUCCUGGGAUCUAGGAAAUCUAACGCCGCUAUCUGGGAUACUGUUACUUGGGAAAUGUCAACCACGCUAUAUACCAUGGCUACGCUACUGCAGGAUUAUCCAGCUCCUGGAAUGAAGACGGAAGAGGAGCUUGAACGGGAGGUUGUUGAAAUUCUGCAAAAGGCUUUAAAACAUUGCGACGUGGAGACACCUGGUCCACGGCAGCCAGUUUAUCAAUUUAGGGCUGCAAAUAUUCAACAUCGACUAGCUUCUCUUUAUCAUCGAGUCUAUAGGGAGAUGGAAGCAGAUGUUGAUACAAACAAAAGAAAAACAACUCUACAACUGUGCAAACUCUACUAUGAGAAAGCAGCCAAGUUGUUACUUUCAUUAGAACAAGCCACAGAAUUUCUAACUGUGCAAAUGGAAAGAGUCGCUUUGGCAGAAUUUCAGGCACAAUGUUCAACAACGUUCAACAGUAAACUGAAAUUUUAUCAAGCUGGCAUUGAUCUGAUUCUGCAAUGUAGACCAAUCUUAGAUGUGUUACAUGAUAGGAACAAGGGAAUAAAACUUAAAACCGAUAAGUCUGAAGUCUGUGAUAAUCAAACUGACAUACUUCUCAAAAAUGAUAAAUCUGAAGAAGAAAAGCUGAGUGAAGAAGAGGAAAAGUUAAUUGUACUUCUCGAGCAGCGGCUUCAAUUCUUGUUCAGGUCAAUCACCAAACUUUGUCUUGCAAAAAAUCCUGGCGCAAAUGAAAAAAAAGAAUCCGACAGCUUAGCAAUUUUGUACAAAAAUUGUUACAGCCAGACUCUCAGGCCUGGAAGUUUAUCUAGUUAUGCGCUGAUUGAGCAUAUUAGAAAUCUUCUCAAAACUCUUCAAGAUUACAUAGAAAAUUUUGUCCACGAAGCAAACGUCCAGCCGCGGACUAAAAUUACGAAAUGAAAUUUCGAGCUCAAAGCUUCACCUUAUGAUUGGCAAGUUAUUAUAUGUAUAUUCAGAAUAAUAUUCUGUGAAAGUAUUUUUGUAUAGACUUGAAUUUGUUUUACCUUUCAAUUAUUUAUGAAAUUUAACAAUAAUGUUUGGCACUUGAAAACAAAAUGUCGACUAUGUCGAUCGCGGGUUCAUUUCUUCGUUUCACUCUUAAAUUGUGAUUAUUAUAAUAAGAAAAAGAAAUAACAUUUGUUACGUUUACUAUAAAUAAUAUCUUGGUUUAAUAUGUUUUUAAUAUUUAGUGAAAGUGAAUACCAUAGUUUUGUAAUUUGUAAAUACCUAUGUCAUUUGAUUAAUACUACACUCGUGAAAUGAUAAAUAAACACGUUGAUUUUGAA